UUAGACAGUUCACCAAUUUUGACUGAAAAAGAUGCCAAACAGAUUCUGAGAACUCAUCGUGAAGAGAGAAAAGCUGGUUUCCCUAAUGAGCCAAUGAGGGAGUAUAUGCUUUACUUCCAGCACUUGGAGCAGAGAUCAGAAGAACAAUUCCUUGAGCACUGCUUGAAUCCACAUUGCCUCCCACACUGCAAUGGGGAUUUAGUGCAUCCAAUCUAA